AUGGGCAAAGGUCGAGAGGACGUGCCUUAUACAUUAGGUAAUAACCUCGCCAGCUUCUCCUGCCACCACCACACCACACACAUCAUCACCGCUUUCACCAUCACAACCAUCACCAUCACCAUCAUGUCCUGGCGCAGUGCUCCACGCGUCGACUUUGACCAUCAACCAGAAUAUCAAUGGCCAGCUUGGCUCGCUGACCAUAGCUUGGAAGAUCUCUUUGGCGAAUUGCACGACAAGUUCAGCACCAUCCCCAUCUUCAUCCAAGAUCCCAUCGCCUUUCACACCGAUGUCGCCCAGCUUGCUGGCGAGGCCUCGAGCCGCGACGACUUCCUCGCCGCUCUUGAAGAGCGCAAAAAUCAACGACUGGAAGAACUGAGAUAA